ACACGUCCACCUCUAGACACUUCCAUUCCUCCUUUCUACAAAAAUGAAGUUUUUCAUGCUCACAACUCUGUCCCUCUUUCUCUUUUCUUCUCUUUUGGCAAUACCCCAAACAUCUUCAUGGCCCUUCACUCUCCUCUUCUCACUCUUAUCUCUCUCCCCCUUCCUUCUAAACCUCUGGCUUGUUCCCGGUGGCUUCGCAUGGAGGAAACACCAUAUACACUCCCCGAACCUCCGCGGUCCGUCCGGAUGGCCUAUACUUGGCACUCUGCCUCAAAUGGGCUCACUAGCCCACGGUAAGUUAGCUUCCAUGGCUGCUUCUCUGGGUACUACUAGGCUCAUGGCAUUCAGUCUGGGCUUCACACGAGUGGUGAUCAGUAGUCACCCCGAUACUGCUAGGGAAAUUCUUAGCGGAUCGUCGUUUUCCGAUCGUCCGAUCAAGGAGUCCGCACGUGCUCUGAUGUUCGAGCGCGCCAUUGGGUUCGCUCCCGCUGAGAAAUACUGGCGUCACCUGAGAAGGAUCGCUGCCAACCACAUGUUCUCCCCCAGGAGGAUUUCCUCCCUGGAGGAGCUUCGGCAGCGGGUGGCUAAUGAAAUGCUGAAAGGAGUAUGGAAGACGGCGGAGGAGAAAGGGGUGGUAGAGUUGAGAGGGAUAUUACAAAAGGGUUCUUUAGAGAACAUUUUAGAAAGUGUGUUUGGAAGUACCGUAAUUUCACUACGGGAGGAGUUAGGAGUAAUGGUGAGAGAAGGGUAUGAACUGAUUUCAGAGUUUAACUGGGAGGAUUAUUUUCCGGUGAGGUUUUUGGACUUUUAUGGGGUGAAGAGAAGGUGCCAUGAGUUGGCGGGAAAAGUUAGGGGUGUUGUGGGUAGGACUGUGGAGGAAAGAAAAAGGGCGGCGGCGGCCGGAAAUGGUGAUGGAUUGGGUAGUGGAAAUGACUUCCUUAGUGCUUUGCUAUCAUUGCCGGAAGAGGAUCGAUUGAGUGAUUCAGAUAUGGUUGCCGUUUUGUGGGAAAUGAUAUUUCGUGGUACGGACACAGUGGCAAUUCUUCUCGAAUGGAUCAUGGCAAGGAUGGUUCUCCACCAAGACAUACAGACGAGGGUCUAUCAAGAGAUAGAUGCCGCCGUCGGUAGCCGCCGCUGUGUGCAUGACUCCGACCUCCCAAAUCUCCAUUACCUCCAGGCAGUUGUGAAGGAAGUUCUCAGGUUGCAUCCUCCUGGCCCCCUCCUCUCAUGGGCCCGCCUCGCCGUCCAUGAUGUCCACGUGGGAAAGUUCUUCGUGCCAGCUGGCACCACAGCAAUGGUCAACAUGUGGGCCAUUACUCAUGACCCGUCUAUUUGGAAAGACCCGUUGGAGUUUCGACCCGAGAGGUUUAUAGAAGAGGAGGUGUCUAUCAUGGGCUCGGACUUGAGGCUUGCGCCUUUUGGGUCGGGCCGCAGGGUGUGCCCUGGCAAGGCACUGGGCUUGGCCACCGUGCAACUCUGGCUUGCGCGGUUGCUCCACCACUUCAGGUGGCUUCCGGCUGCGACAGUUGAUCUUUCAGAGACUUUGAGGCUUUCACUUGAAAUGAAGAAGCCAUUGGCGUGUCGGGUCCUUCGUCGAGAUAGCCCAAUUAUCCCAUGAACCAAAAAAUCGUUAUGUAAAAAGUCCCCAAACAAAAAGUAUGUAUUAGGGUUGCUCUGUUUUUUUUUUUUUUUUGGUUUGGACCACUUAGUAUUUAGAAGCCUACUGGGCCACCGACUAAACUAGAUUCGAGCCAAACAUGACCCAACGGGCUGCAAAACUCUCCCUUAUGAGUUUUAAUGGAACUACAUUCGCAAGGUUUGAAACUAAAUCCUUUAGUUAAGUUGAAAGAAUCCCUUGUCAACUCAUCCAUUCACUCAUGGGUAUGUAUUAGAGGUUUAUUCAUUAGAACAACCCCUAAUACAUACCCAUGGGCGGGUGGAUGAGCUGAUAAGGGACUCUUCCAGUUUAACUAGAUGUUUUGGUUCCUUCACAUUAGGGGUUGUGCUAAUGAGAAAAGAUGUAAAUAUUAACUAAUUAAGUGGUGUGAAGUGGCCACUAAGCCGGCCUUGAAUAAUCGUCUAAUCUUAUU